GCUUGUUUCACUUGGGUGGCGUCGCAGAGGGAGGGGCCGAGAGCCGUUGCUGUUGCUGCCUCACGAUGCCUUCAAUUAAACUGCAGAGUUCUGAUGGAGAAAUAUUUGAGGUCGAUGUUGAAAUUGCUAAGCAGUCUGUAACCAUCAAGACAAUGUUGGAAGAUUUGGGAAUGGAUGAUGAAGGGGAUGAUGAUCCUGUCCCUCUUCCAAACGUUAAUGCAGCUAUAUUAAAAAAGGUAAUCCAGUGGUGCACCCACCAUAAAGAUGACCCACCUCCACCUGAGGAUGAUGAAAACAAAGAGAAACGAACAGAUGACAUCCCUGUAUGGGACCAAAAAUUUCUUAAAGUAGACCAAGGAACUCUCUUUGAACUUAUCCUGGCUGCAAACUACUUAGACAUCAAAGGCUUACUUGAUGUGACGUGCAAGACAGUUGCAAAUAUGAAAGGAAAAACACCAGAAGAAAUCUGCAAGACCUUCAAUAUCAAGAAUGACUUCACUGAAGAAGAAGCCCAGGUACGCAAAGAAAACCAGUGGUGUGAAGAAAAGUGAAGUCUUGUGCCUGACAACUGACACUGUAAGGAUCGUUCCAAAUACCAGUUGCACUGCUCUGUUUAUAACUGUUAAUAUUAGACGAAUGCAGCAGCAAAUGAAGUUGUUCUUGUAGGGUGCUGUUCUCUUUGCAUGUGUAAUAUUUGAAUAUAGAUUUAAAUCCUUUUGGCUGAGUUUCUACCAGUGUAAUCCAAUGUCCCCUUACUUUUCCCCUGAUACCAAUAAAACUAAACUAAGUGUGGA